AAAGUAGGCGUGGGAUCGAGUCGUCUAUACACACACACCGAGAGGCAAGAGGAUGGCUGAGGCGCAGGUUGCAGCGGCAAGUAGCGAACAAGUGGCGCUCUCGUGCAAUGCUGAGUAUGCCACCUACCCGCGAGGGUCCAACCAGGUCUGCUGGGCCACGGCCUCGCUCAAGGCGCCGUUCUACGAGGCCGCUGCGCGUGCUCCUGUCGACAUAGUGGCCGUCAUCGACAAGAGCGGCUCUAUGCGCGGGGCUAAGCUGGACCUCGUCAAGAAGACGCUUCUCUUUGUUGUCGAUCAGUUAAAGGAGUGCGACAGGCUGUCCCUGGUGACCUACGACACCAAUGUCUACCUGGACUUCUCCCUCACGUCCAUGAGCACGACCAACAAGGACAAGACCAAGAUCACCAUCUCAAAGCUGCGCGAGGGUUCCUCCACCAACCUCUGUGGAGGCCUUGUCAGAGGUAUGGAGGAGGUGGUGCAAAGUGCGGGAGAGAGAGCUCAGGUCCAGUCGGUGCUCCUCCUGACUGACGGGCUAGCUAACCAGGGGGUCCGCGAUGCAGAGGGUAUCCUGGCCAAGAUGAGGGAACUUCAGGACCCUCCAGUUCAUGGAGAUGUGGCUCCAAAGUUUCUAUGUCCAUCUUGCAAUGGCCAUGCUUUUAUACCACCAGAAAAUUUAAGGGUACUGUCUACACGUUUGGAUUUGGGGUCAGAUCACGACUCCAAUCUCCUCGAGGCUAUCUCCAGUCAAGGAGGCGGAGUCUAUUACUUCAUUGACAGCACUGAUAAGAUCCCAGAGUCGUUUGCAGACUGUCUGGGAGGGCUGCUGAGUGUGGUGGGUCAGAACCUGGCCCUCAAGAUAGAGGCAGUUGGAGAGACCUCUCUCUCUGCUGUCCACGCCAACCGCCCCGUCCAAUGGACCACUGCUAACAAUGGUACAUUCAACCUCUGUGAGAUACAGCUGGGAGACAUCCAGUCAGAGGAGGAGAGGGACAUAGUCCUCCAACUGAGUCUACCGGCAGUGGAGGCCGACCACGAGGAGCAGGGGCCAGCUAUGAGGGCCACUCUCUCCUACUUUGACAUCCUCUCCUCCACUCUGGUACCCAACAUUACCGCUGAGCUGAUGGUGGCCAGGAGAGAUGGUGAGCAGGGUCCAGCCAACACUACUGUGGACCAACAGAGGAACAGAGUUAUUGCUGCUGCAGCUCUCAAGGAUGCUGACCCUCUGGCUGGGCAAGGGAAGCUGACCGAGGCAAGGAAGGUACUGGGAGAUGCUGUUGCUGUUCUGGAAAAGUCGCCCACUGCUACCAGUGACUACUGCAAGGCCCUGCAAGAGGAUCUUAAGAGGAGUCUUGAUUCCUUGAAGUCAGAGGUCCAGUACAAGAGACAUGGACACCAGUACAUCGUCAGCAAGAUGCAGACCCACUCGGUGCAGAGGUCAAACUAUGUGGACGACCAUGAGUACUACCAGAAUCGAUCCAAGUCUGGUUUCCGUGCCCUCUCCAAGAAGUAGCUAGAAUAGAGAGAGACCAAGCAAUAGUUAGCAACUUUUUUAUAUACCAAUUCAACAUUGAUGUUUGAUGUACUUAUGCGCGCUUUGAUGCUCUCUACACGAAGAAAAUAAUUUUGUGAAAAUAUCGAUACCAAUUAGCUAUUA